AUGAAGCUGCGCUGCGACGACUACGAAGCCCGAUUCAUGGCCAACAUCAGCAACGCCCAGUUAUCCAAGUACUGGGGAAAUAUUGCGUUGAAUCUUUCCCAAGAAUUCAACACGACUGUGACGGGAACGGCGGCCAAGAUAAAUUUCUGCAAGCUCAAGAUCGACUACGCCAAGAUUCAAAAGGCCGCGUCAGCUACUGGAAACAAAUCGGAUAUCGAAUACCCCGUGUACUGGUCCGACAUGGACAUGGUAUUGCAAGGAAGCAGCGAUAGUGAGGACGAUAAUGUUACUCUUACGCCCAACAAACGGCGACGUUCCAACCAAGGCUCAGCGGAGAAGAAGCAAGACGAAGUCGAUCGACAGCGAGCCGAGCACCAGCUACAACCCAGCAGCUUGAAGGAAUCCUCGUUGCGCUGCGCGAAAGUGUAG